AUGAAGAAGGCUCAAACCAAACAAAUAUUGGAUAAAAACGAGAAAAUAUCUCAUAAUAACGCAAAAGAUAUCACAAAUAAUGACAAGCGACGUACGGAAAAGGACACAAAUAUAAAUAUAUUUCUCUUAAUAUGUAUAAUAGGAGUAUCUUUGGCAAUUCUAUUGGAAAUAUUAAAUGUAAGGAAUAGAUAUGACGUAUGUAAGGACAACAAAAAACUAUACUGGGUGUAUUCAGCCUACAGUGAUGUUCAAAAUAGAAAAGGUCUUUUGAAACAUGUACAUUUGGUAUUAGAGAGAAUUGGGUAUGAGAAAAGUACGAACAAAACUCCGUGGACGCUAUUAUGGUCUCACGAUUUCCCGUUCCGAUCUCUAUAUCCGAAUUUGCACAAAUUGAGACCAAAUCAGAAAGUUAAUCACUUUCCUGGCACUGGAUUCAUAACUAAUAAAGUCGAUCUGGCGACUUCGGAGUCAAAAUAUAUUCCUAGAGCGUUUAAGUUACCGAAAAACAAAGCGGAGUUCAUUAAAUACGCGAAAUUAAACAAAGAUGCAAUGUUUUUGGAGAAGCACAAUCAACAUAGAGGUGUGUAUUUGAAAAACGUGACUGCAAUAGAUUCUGAUAGUGGCGAAAGUUUCGUUCAAGAGUUCAUACAGAAACCCUUUCUGGUGGAUGGACAUAAAUUUGACAUUGGAGUAUACGUCGUUCUGACUUCUGUUGAUCCAUUAAGAGUUUAUUGGUAUAAAGGAGAUGUGUUGUUCAGGUAUUGUCCAACGAAGUACUAUCCAUUUGAUGCUAAUAAUCUUGAUAAAUACGUAAUCGGUGAUGACUACCUUCCGACCUGGGAGGUUCCGUCUUUAGCACAGCCUUAUGCACUCGGAUACUCAAUGAAGGACGCCUUCGAUCAUUACGCUAAAACAAAGGGUUUGGACACAACUCGUAUGUGGAAAGAUGUACAGGACGCAAUCACUGAAGUUUUUAUAAAGAAAGAACAUCACAUAGUAGAAGCUUUAAAGAAUUACCCGUACCAAGACAACUUCUUUGAAAUGAUGCGUUUCGAUUUAGUUGUAGAUGAAAAUCUCAAGGUGUAUCUUCUAGAAGCCAACAUGUCGCCCAACCUCAGCUCGGCACAUUUCCCGCCAAAUCAACUUUUGUAUGAACAGGUUCUAUACAACCUAUUCUCUCUGGUCGGCCUUUCUACCAACAAUGAUAUUACUGACAACAAUGUCCGUAAUAUGAUGUCUUCACAAAAAAACAUAGCUGUAUACAGCGGAGCGUGCAAUUCUAUAUGUAGAGACGAUUGUGCAGUAUUGGACAUUUGCAAACUUUGCAGACCCUGUCUGAGCACUAGAUUAAGAUCUAACCUAUUAAAUGCACAUAGGGAAUAUUUACAUCAAGGAGACUUUAGAAGACUGUUCCCGCCGGCUAUGGAACCUCGAGCGAAUGCGGUAAAUGCAACGAAAUUUUUGAACGAAGCGAACAGACUGCAAUAUUUAUGGUAUCAAGGGAAGUGUAACAAUGACGUCAGUUGGUGUUUAUAA